AUGAUAACGUCUUCUCGAGUAAUGCUGCCCAUCCUCUUUCGUUUGCGGUUUAGAAACAUAAAAGGUAUACUACAGAGUAGAUGUUACUCAAAUAUCCCAUUUGAAAGCGAUUUGACCGGGGUUGACCUUGAAGAUUUUGGAUUGCAGGACUUUCAGUCCUAUACGACACCUGUUGAAGAGAAACGUGAUAAGAUCCAUAAAUUAACUUUGCUGGACCCUGAAUCGGUAUCUGCUAAAACUCAAACUAGAAAACUCGAGGAAGUAGUGCAUCAGAAGAAGCCUUUGGUCUUAAUAUCAAAACUCAAAAACCCAUACAUCAAUCUUGCUAUUGAAGAUUAUGUAUAUAGUCGGAUGCCUUUACCUGAGAAUCGUGAUGAAAAUUUUAAUCGUUUACUUUUUUAUAUAAAUUCCCCCUGUGUUGUGAUAGGAAGAAACCAGAACCCUUGGAAGGAAGUGAAUUUGCCUUUGCUCCAUUCGUUGCACAUACCGUUGGUCAGACGAAGAUCUGGUGGAGGGACAGUGGUCCAUGACCUUGGAAAUAUUAAUUUCAGCUUUAUGACAUCGAGGGAGAAAUUUGAUAGACAGAAUUUUGCGGGACUAGUGGCUCGUGCUGUGAACAAAGUCCCUGAGGCUGAUUACAAACUCCAAGUUAAUGCAAAAGGAGAUAUAGAGACUGAAAGACAAUCUAAUGCUCUCAAUUAUAAGGUAAGUGGAUCUGCUUACAAAAUUGCCAAAGGCAAAUCUUAUCAUCAUGGAACUAUGCUUUUGAAUCUGAAACUAGAUAUAUUGGGGAAGUUACUUUCGAGAGACGAGAAAAAGGUAGGAUUUGUUGAUUCGAUGUCAUCGGUCGCUUCAAUCCCAUCACCAGUGAAGAAUGUAGGAAUUUCUAGCGACAGAUUCAUUCAAGUGGUAACUGAAGAGUUUAAGAAAGUAUACGGUGAGACUAUGGAUGUACCUGAGCCUCCAAUUUCACAAGAGAAAGAAUUUCUUGAUCAAGAGGCGCUUUUUGGAUUUAGCGAAUUCAUAAACGCAAAUUCGAUUGAGGAAAGUCUGACAACUUUUAUAAUCGAUGAACUGGUACAAUUACCUUCAGAGGUGCAGAACAUCUCAAGUGAAUUGAGGGACUGGGACUAUAGAUACGCAUAUACGCCAAAAUUCACUCAUGAAUUCAUUAAUCACGAGUUAGGAUUCAAAAUAAAAUUCUUUGUGGGCAAGAAGGCAGUGGUCGAGAAGUUUGAGAUAGAAUUUUUUGAUGAUGUUGAGAGAAGCAUACCCAUGCAAAAAAUUAAGGAUAGCUUUGAAUUUUUAGAAUCUACGGUUCAAAGUGGUAACCUUAAGUAUCAGGGAAGUGACGUGGCAGGAUUUAUAACCAACGAUAUAAUAAGUGAUUGGCUAGGUAAUUCUAUUGAUGGAACUUCUUAA